AUGUGCUUCAACAAACUAAACAAACUUUUGAAGAUUGACUAUGAGCUUACACAUAAGUUAGAUCAAUUGAGAAAAGAAAGGAAUGAUAUCCUUAACAAUCUACGAUCACACAAAAGUGCAGUAAAUAAUGUUUCCAAUAUUGUCAUUGUUAAUGUUAACAGUAACACUCCAGUGAAAGUAGCAGAUCGGCCAGUUUCAAAUAUACCGUGUAUACAAACCCCUAAAAGGUCUCACACCCCAAAGCGGGUAAUUCUACAUUCACCCACACCAAGGAAAGCCAAGAAAUGUCUGCUGAGGAUAAAUUCUCCGCCUUCUAAACCUCCUUCAAGGACCAAGAAGAGACUUUGUGAUUUGUCUCCGGGAAAAGCCAAGGUAUCCUUUAGAGGCAGACAGGAUGAAAAAGUCCGAACCAGGAUUAUUAAGGAUGGAAUAUGGCAUUCAGUGGUGAAGUCAAUUGUCAGAGGGGACAAAGGGAACAGCAUUUCAAAAAAACUCUACUCUAUUGAAUCAUUAAAGACUGGUUUACAGAAAUGUGUAUUAAAAGAACUCGAAAAUCAGUGCAAAACUCUGUGUAAAGUGAACAGUAAAUCAGUGCUGCGCAAUAUUUCCUCCAAGAAUUUGGAGUCAUUUUCUUUUGGAAGUCUCAUACAAGAGUGUCAAAUGUAUGCUCCCCUUCUACUGGAAACCUUGACAUGUGUGAUGAAUCAGCCAAAUGAAAACAAGGUCGCAGUGGCUGCAGGAAUUCUGCUUAGAAAUCGAAACAUACACACAUGUCUGCAAUCCAUCAUUUAA